AUGGCAGCAAAGGUCUACGUCGGCAAUCUGGCCUGGGGGACAGAUGAGGAGAUCCUCAGACAAGCAUUCGGAGUUCACGGACAAGUGAUCGAUGUCAUUGUCAUGAAGGAACCUCAGACCGGGCGCUCUCGCGGAUUCGGCUUCGUCACUUUUGCAAACCCACAAGAGGCAGAGGUCGCAAUCGCCAACAUGAACGAACAACAGCUCGUAUGUGCCUCCUUUUUCUUGCCCGUCCGACUCCUUCUCCCUUGGUCUCCCGAGGGCCUCGCUCAGUGGUCGCUAUCGGUUCUCAAGACUGCAUGGCUACCGCUUCGUUCAUGCUCGCUCUCGUCUGUUUUCGAAUGGCCGGAUUCUGACUGGCCUUGCUCGCCUGCUUUCUUUUUUUGGCUUCUGCCUCGACGGAUGCGCUGCGCUGUUUCGCUUCUUGCUGGCUAUAUUUAUCGACUUCUGGGUUCGGUCUGCGCAACGAACGCUCGUUUUCUUGGAUCGCCCUCGGUGGGACCGACUGGCUGGCUCUGUCUCGGUCUGCUCGGGCUCUGUCUGGCUUUGGCUUCGGGUUGCUCGGCUCGAUCUGGUGGGCCGCCUGAUCUCUAUAGAGAUGAUCUCACUUAUAUGGAUGUAUCAGAUGGUCGCACCCUUCGUGUGAAUUAUGCCAACAAUCGAACCGGGCCAGGCGGCGGCGGCGGUUAUGCUUCUGCUCCCGGCGGCGGCAUGUAUGCAGGCUACGGUCAGCCACAGCAAAGCUAUGGUCAACCUCAGGGUGGCUACGGCGGUGGCAAGUCUCAUCGUGAUCAUGCGGCGGCUACGGCGCGCAAGGUGCUGCUCAAGGCUACGGUGGUCAAGGUCAAGGUGGCUACGGUGGCCCACAAGGUGGCUAUGGAGGUCAAAAUGGCGGAUACGGCCAACAAGGCGGUUACGGAGCUCCCCAGGGCGGCUACGGCGGCCAGGCUGCCCAGGGCGGCUAUGGCGGUCAAGCGCCUCAGGGUGGCUACGGCGGUGGUGCGCCCCAGGGUGGCUUCGGCGGUGCUGUACCUCCUUCUGGCGGAUACGGCGGUGCGGGUCCUCAAGGUGGAGGUGGCUACGGCGGAGGCAAUUCCGGCGGAGGAGGUGGUGGCUACGGAGGUUACUAAGAACGACAUGAACUCUUUGCAGGCGCGCGCUGUGUAUGCCUCUCUCUGCUCUAUCUAA